AUGGAGGAAUUGACGAUGGUUCUGAAUAUGAUAUUGGUGGUGCUCCUGUCCAUCUCCCUGCAGGCCUUUUCACAAGAACGCUAUGAUGACUUGAGGAUUGACUGUGGAGCAUCCCACCGAACUCCAAUAGGGAAUCCUGAUGGUCGCGUUGUUUCAUGGCUCAACGAUGAAAAUUUCACCUACACUGGAGAAAACCAACUUCUCAGAUACAGCCAAAACUUUAGCACAAUGAACUCUCUACGAUAUUUCCCUGAUGGCCAGAAGAACUGCUACUUCUUACCCUUAUAUUUAUCAUCAUCGUCGCCAUCGGGCAUCAAGUUUCUGUUACGAGCAGGGUUUUAUUAUGGCAAUUAUGAUGGCCUUUCCAAGCCUCCAAGUUUUAAUUUGGAGAUAGAUGGAAAUUUUUGGGCAACAGUGACAACUAAUUCUACGAGUAAUAAUGAGCCCGUUUAUCAUGAAAUGAUUUAUUGGAUCGAGAAAGGUAGCACACAAGUGUGUUUGGAACGUAUUGGUGAUGGGAUUCCAUUCAUUUCUUCCCUUGAAGCUACGGUCAUGUUUGGGGACGAUAUGUACCGGUUGAUGGAGAACAAGACAGCUUUGCUUCUUCAUAGCAGGAUCAAUUAUGGUGCAAACAAUACUGUUGAGCAACUAAUUCACGACCUGGAUGAGGACAAUCGAAUUUGGAAGUCGAAAGAAAUGCCGGAAUAUCUCAACGUUGUCGAUGAAAGAAUCGUUGAUAAUACAAUGAGUGGUGAAAAUUACCCCCCAUGGCCUGUUAUGCAAACUGCAAUACAGGCAAAAAAUGUCUCAGACUCCAUCUAUUUAUCUGUCAACUUUUCUACCCAAACAACUGCAGUAGCCUACUUUGUGCUCUAUUUCAGGGACCCAAUUAGCAGAUAUCCUGAAAAUUCAAUUGCCCAAGUUGAGAUUUUUAUAAAUAGCCAAAAAUUGGGCGCCACUGACGUUCCACCCUACUAUCGAACAAUAAUUACUGGCAUGUUCCAUGCGGUGUCAUUAUAUCCAGUUCAGGUUAAUGGUUCAGCUAAUGUAACAAUAUCGCCUGCAGAGAAUUCUACAUUACCACCACUCCUUAACGCCAUGGAGCUUUGGAUCAUU